AUGGUUUAUAAUAUCAUCAGAUUUUUUGGAAGACGGGCCAUCGCAAGAUUACCAUCCUGCAAUACCAUAAAAUAUGACAAUAAUUUUUCACUGUUCUCCGUAUGGCAUGGAAUCCAUACGCAUGCAACUGCUGACUUGAUGGAAAAGUUGAAGCCAAAACUAAUUCACCAAGCAUUGAUUACGAAGGCUGAAAAUUCCCGGAAGCGGUUGAAAGUCUUGGAGACUAAAAUAUCGUCAGGCCAAAAUUACAGUGAAGAUGAUUCUAAAAAAUAUGCAUCUCUGAUGGCUUUGGAUGGAGUUUACAAUGAAUAUUUGGAGCAGAAGGAAAAUUUUAACGGUUUAAUAGGAUUGCUAAAGGAUGAUGAUGAAAUCUCUUUAAAGGAGGAAGCUGAGAAUGAACUAAAGACGGUAAUACCAGCAUACAAUAAAGCUAUAGACAAGCUAAAAGCAAAACUUUUGAAACCUCAUCCGUUUGCUGAUCGAGCUUGUAUUCUAGAAUUACGCCCAGGGGCGGGUGGUCAUGAAGCAGAUAUAUUUACUGGAGAUCUUUUAAACAUGUACACGAGGUAUUGCCAACUACAUCAUUGGCCAUACGAAAUUCUUUCACAGACAGAACAUGAUUCUGGAAACGGUAUUCUUGAAGCAACGCUAGCGGUGAAUCACAAGGGCUCAUAUGAUCGCUUAAGGCACGAAGCUGGUGUUCAUAGAGUUCAAAGAAUUCCACAGACAGAAACUAAAGGUCGUAUUCAGACCUCAGCAGCUGGUGUUGUGGUGCUUCCACAAAUUGAAAAUAUGAAAUCAGAUAGAUAUGUAAGGAAAUUUGAACCGGGAGAAGUUAGAAUUGAUGUUAUGAGAGCCGGAGGUGCAGGAGGUCAGCAUGUUAAUAAAACUGAAUCUGCAGUGAGGUUGACACAUAUUCCAACAGGUAUUGUGGUUCGUAUUCAGGAUGAUCGUUCUCAGCACAGGAAUAAAGAGAAAGCCUUUGAGGUCCUACGAGCUCGGUUGGCGGAAAAGGAGAUGAGAGAAAGAAAUGAGAGAGAGGAGAAAGAAAGAAUGGGACAAGUUUCCUCAGUGGAUAGAAGUGAUAAGAUAAGAACUUACAAUUUCCAGCAGAACCGGGUCACGGAUCAUCGAUGCAACUUUACGCUAUAUGAUUUGGAAGGAUGUAUGAAUGGUAUAAGACUCGAUGAUAUCAUUGAUGAGGUGUCUAAAAAAGAAGUGGAUGAAAGGGCAGAAGCACUUGCGAUGUCAAUAAAAGAUGACUAA